AUGUCUGCAGAAGAGGCUUACAGUAUCAACUCAAUUACAUAUCCCAUCAAAUCAUGGAUAUACAACACAGCGCCUCAAAGAUCAUCGUUGGUCCAUAUGGCAUCCUACAUGACCAUUGGCACAUUUACUUUAAUUACUAUCAGCUCUUUGUUCUGCUUUUUCUUUGUGGUAACGUUGGUGGAUGACUGCAUCAAGCUGGUGUCUCCUAAGCGUAUGAUUACGAUGACCAAGAAUCAAAUUGACUGGACUGGAUUGAUUGAUGUUCUUAGCAAUCAACUCACUAAUUUUGCUGAAUGGGAGAAGCGUAAACGAGCAUCAUGGUGUCCUGAAGAUCACCCCAUUUACCACGAAGAUCGUUUCCAUGACUUGAUAUCAGCAGUAACGACCUACAUGAAUGAAUAUGUUCAUCAUCGCAAGCAACAAGAGCAGCGUCAGCAAUUCUGA